AUGAACCCUGGAUCCAAGACUCUUUGCACCCGCAUUCGCGUCGCCCACAACUCUUCUCUGGACGACAUGUCCCAACUCCUGGGUCAAUGUUUCGAGAUCACCAGCAUGCAUGCAGGCGUCUUCCGUUCCCCGCUGCAAGUUAGUGAUCCUGUCCGAAUUGGUUGGCUACUGAACUACCCCAUGGGGAUUGGGAGAGCGGCACUGGAACGCGAGCUCAUGCGUCACUUCACCUCCUUCAAGAGAGCUAUAGCCCUAGAACCUGCGUGGCCACAGACCCCCAGUACGGCGGGUCCAAAAGCGUGGCACAUUUGGGUAGCUGCUUCUGACGUGGAUAGAAAGGCACGGGCCCUCUUUGCAUGGCUCAGGCCAGAGACAAGGAAGUGUCACAUGCCGUUUAGUGCCCGGACUCUGUUUGUCUACGACUGGGGGGCGAUUAUGAAGGGACACCUUGGUGACCUCACCUGCACCUCCCUGGCUCCACUGUUUCCUAUCCAAGGCAUGCUGACCAAGGUCUUCAUUCCCAAGUACUGCAAACAGGGCAAGGGCAAAUCCCUCCUCCAAUUCCUCUACGCGAUUCAGUGCAUACCAGCGGUCAAGAAACCUCCACCUGCUCAGCCUGAACAAUCAGCCACACAGGAUGCCGACACUCCAGACUCUCCAUUGCCACCUUCCGUGUCUUCUACUCCUCCAGAACCGACACCGACCAACUCAAGUGUAACUGCCCCCACCACAGCUCAGCCAACUCUACCCGCCCCAUCCACUAAGCGUUCCAGUCGCAAGGGGUCUAAGAAUUUCCGGGCCAAGCAACCUCUUGAGAAACCUACGGAGACGCCUCAGGCUACUCCCCCCACACCUCUUCCACGGCCUACUCCUGCACUGAAGUCUACACCCCAGUCAGCAACCAACCCUCCUACGGAGUCUUCCGCUCGGGCGAAACUUUCUGCAUCUGAGCAGCCCCUGGUCACUGAGGCAUUUGAUCGCAGUACAUGGCUGGCGGCAAUGGAUGCGGAACUGAACCAGGGCCCAGCCGGUCUCUUCCACCAAAUGAUCCUACCAGGCCCAAUCGAUGGCUUCUAUGUGUUUGUGGUGCGCCAAAAGUUUGCCUCAUUGGCACAGGAAGUUCUCAAGAACCUGGCGGCCUUCCUUAUUUCUCACCUUGAGUUAUGGCAGGACCUGAAGCACCAGAGGAAGACAUGCCGCACCUGGCUCUGCUUGGACCACUAUAAUCGAACGGUUACCAACGCUAUGACCUGGGACCAAAGCCAACAUCGUGCAAUCUCGGAGUAUGAGCGUGACGUCGAUUUGGACCAGCAAGUGGAGAAGGAUGAUAAUGAGUGGAUUGAGAAGCUCCUCGCGGCAGAGCAGGCUUCUCCGGAAUUCGAGGGCACCAUCACGAUUGACCUGUCGAUGCCAGCUGCCAAGGAUAUGGAUGACGGGCUACAGUAG